CAAGUCUUGUCCAUCUUAUUACGGACACCAAGGAAAGCAUCUUUGCUUCUAAGGCGAAGCUCUUUCUUCACAGUAAGUGCGUAAACAGUAAAUACUGAUCAAGAAAAAGCAUGUCCAUGGCAGCAACGGCGAUAUCGGCAGAUAACAAACCGUACGACCGUCUCAAAGAUAUCAAAGCAUUCGAUGAAUCAAAGGCCGGAGUGAAAGGCCUAAUCGAUUCGGGCAUCACCUCCGUUCCUCCCUUCUUCAUCCACCCAGCUGACAGCCUAUCAACCAUAGUGCUCCCAACUUCCUCCAAUCCUAACAUCGUUCCCACCAUCGAUCUCUCUGGCGUCGACUCGGACAAAAGGCCUGUGCUAGUCCAGCAAGUAGCACGUGCCGGUCGCGAGUUGGGUUUCUUUCAGAUUGUCAAUCAUGGGAUUUCAUUGAAGGUCAUGGAAAACAUGAUUGGAGCUAUUAAAUCAUUUCACGAGCAGCCCACGGAGAUCAAGUCACGCAUAUAUGGUAGGGAUUUCAAACGCAGUGUAGCUUUCAUUUCUAACCUGGACCUGUUCUACACCAAAGCUGCAACUUGGAGAGAUACUCUGGGUGUUCGGCUAUCUCACAGCAAUUUUGAGCCAGAGGAAAUCCCAGAGAUAUGCAGAAAUGAAGUUCUGAAGUGGGAUAAAGAGGUCAAACAGGUGGGAGAGGUGUUGAUGGGGUUACUGUGCGAGGGUUUGGGAUUGGAAAAAGGAAAGUUGAAGAAGAUGAUGUUCUUAGAAGGAAGAACAAUUGUGGGCCACUACUAUCCGUAUUGUCCUCAGCCUCACUUAACCUUUGGAACUAAAUCUCAUACAGAUCCCGCGGUGUUGACGAUACUUCUACAAGACCACGUAGGUGGGUUGCAAGUGAAGCACUAUGGGGAAUGGGUGGAUGUUAAGCCUGUUCCAGGAGCCCUUGUUAUCAAUGUCGGCGACAUACUUCAGAUGCUUACUAAUGAUGAGUACAAGAGUGUAGAGCACAGAGUAUUGGCUAAUUCUUGCCACGAACCACGAGCUUCAGCGGCAGUUUUAUUCAACAACACCAACAGGGAUGACUUGUAUGGACCAUUUGAGGAAUUAGCAUCAGCAGACAAGCCAGCCCUGUAUCAGCCAUUCGCGUUAUCAGAUUUUUUGAAGAGAUACAUCACCAACGAAUUGGGUGGCAAACCUUUGAAAAAUCACUAUAAGCUUUAAGCCAUAUAUAAAUCAGCCAACAUUCCAUACCUCUAGUUGGUUUUACAUGCCUAUAUAUAUAGGCAGAGUUGUUGAAUGUGUAAGUUGGGUUUACCACCGAAAACAAAUGAGGGCAUGGCCCUGAAUGUGAAAGAACUACAAGCUCUAUAAGGAGGUAGCUGCUCCUUAUGUUUUUCUUUGAUGAAUGAAUAUUUUCUGUUUUUGGCUUAACGGCAAGCCUUUGAUUUCCAACA